ACGCGAACCCGUUGCGCCUGCGCACGGUGCCGCCGUCGCCCCUCCUUCCGCUGCGCUCUCCACCUGCGCGGGGCUGAAUGGCCUUCGGGAGCACUGUCGGCCUGAGGAGUUGACGGUUAGUCAGCGUUACGAGCCUUAGUAACUCGCCCUCCCUCGGCCAGAAACCCUCCGCCUGGGCCCGCGCGAGAGGAGCGCGGCCUCUGAGGGGAGCGGCGACCCCGCCAGCCCCGGUCUCUUUCCCUGGCGGCGGCGGCUUCUUCCGUGGGACAAUAUGUUCAAGAGAAUGGCCGAAUUUGGGCCUGACUCCGGCGGGAGAGUAAAGGGUGUUACUAUCGUUAAACCAAUAGUUUAUGGUAAUGUUGCUCGGUAUUUUGGAAAGAAAAGAGAAGAAGAUGGGCACACUCAUCAGUGGACAGUAUAUGUAAAACCAUAUAGAAAUGAGGAUAUGUCAGCAUAUGUGAAGAAAAUCCAGUUUAAAUUACAUGAAAGCUAUGGCAAUCCUUUAAGAGUUGUUACUAAACCUCCAUAUGAAAUUACUGAAACAGGAUGGGGUGAAUUCGAAAUAAUCAUCAAAAUAUUUUUCAUUGACCCUAAUGAAAGACCUGUAACCCUGUAUCAUUUGCUAAAGCUGUUUCAAUCAGAUACCAAUGCAAUGCUGGGGAAAAAGACAGUGGUUUCAGAGUUCUAUGAUGAAAUGAUAUUUCAAGACCCAACAGCAAUGAUGCAACAAUUAUUGACAACAUCUCGUCAGCUAACAUUAGGAGCCUAUAAGCAUGAAACAGAAUUUGCAGAGCUUGAAGUGAAAACCAGAGAAAAAUUAGAAGCUGCUAAGAAAAAAACAAGCUUUGAGAUUGCAGAGCUUAAGGAGAGAUUAAAAGCAAGUCGUGAAACUAUAAAUUGUUUAAAAAAUGAAAUCAGAAAACUUGAAGAAGAUGACCAAGCAAAAGACAUAUAAACAGUUCUCAUGAGAACUUGGUAGUAAGCUAAACUGAAAAUAAGGUGGGCUUCACUGGAGAAAUGGACUUACUGCAAAUGCUAUGACGUUUCUUAGAGGAACUUCAUAUAUAGCUGUUGACCAUGAAUUUCUCAGCAAUAGGAAUUUGUACUGUUUAAGCAAUCUUUAAUGGAAAGUACAUGUGUAAGAAUGGAUGCAUAUAGACAUUUUACCAACCCAUUUUAAGGAAAUUCUAUGAUAUUAAGUGCAAUUUUAAAAAAUGUUUAUUGUAGUGUAUGUAUAGCUUAUUACCCUUUUGACAGGCAUCAGCAUUUCAUUAUAAAGUAUUACUUGUACAAAUUUUGUACUUCUCUAGUAGUUAGAAUUAGUGAUAAACUUAAUGUAUAUAUUUAAUUUCUUCAGGUUCUUACCUGCCCCCAUCCUAUCUUUUUUGUAUAUGAUGUGUCCAGUAAGUAGUCAAUAAAUAUAGUUUAUUGAUCCUA